CAGUGUAUGGUUACUUCCGCUAGCUUCUCAGAUUGGAGUUUACCAAGUCCCUUGCACACAAAGCUAGAUAAAGGAUACAAAAUCUUCGUUGAACAGUACCUGUUUGAUUAUGAAGGAGGUCUAAUUUGAGGGAUAAGCUUGUUCAUGCUGACACCCACAUCUCCUCUGUGACCACUCUUGUCGAUGCCCAGGGUAACUUCCCAUGUCACAAUUGUACUUCCUGUACCAAUGCCCUCCGGUCCCGUAACAGCGCAGCCAUGAGUUUCAUCGCAGACGAUGUGGAGAUCGACCCGGUCACCCUCAACCUCAUCAUCCUUAUCGCCAGCUAUGUCAUUCUCCUCUUGGUCUUCCUCAUCUCCUGCAUCCUCUAUGACUGCCAGGGAAAAGACCCCACCAAAGAGUACGCUCCCGACCCCAUGCCCAACGUCAACCCCACACCCAUACGGCUGGUGGUCAUGCAGAACUCGCCCGCCAACGCCCGGUGGGACCAGAACAAGAUGGUGACCACCUACGAACCUCCAGGCGGAGAGAAAAAGAGCACUUUGGUCUGACCGGCGUGAUGGACUGAUAACAGCAGACGGAUAAACUCUGCACAUACUUUUUUUCAAUUUAUACUGUACAUGCAAGCUACUUUACUUUUCAUUUUCUAUUUUGUGUAAUGCACCUUUUUUAAUAAUAAAUCAUUAUUUGUAUCUUGGAUUUAAAAUGCUGGGAUUGGAUUUUCAAAAGACAACCUUUAAACGGUGAGAACAAAUUAAUUAUUUUCUUUCAAUGUUUUUUUCUUAGACAGCAAUAUGACAGCGACUAAGAGUCAGUGGUUUGGGCCUUCAUUUGAAUUUAACACAAUUGUUUGUAGGAAUUGUGGCCUUAGCUGUUAAACUCCGUAAUAUUAUUUUACGUUUUACUAGCUAUUUUUAUUCUCAUUUGAGCUUUUAAAAAAUAUAUUUACAUUUACAAAUCUCUUUAAAA